AUGUUUAAACAACUGUCACAAAUUGGUAAGAACCUGACUGAUGAAUUAGCUAAGGGUUUAGCCGAUGACAUAAGCUCUACCUCAUCGGAACAACAAAUUGAGGAUGAUAAAAGUGGCUUGCCAAAAGAAAUACAAGCGAAAUUAAGGAAGUUUGAUAAGUACGAACAAAAAUAUCCUUUGUUACUUUCGGCUUACAAAAAUGAAAAAUUAAAAUCCGAAAAGUUUGAGGCUGUCGGAAAGAUCCUAGCGGAAAAUACACCCAUUUCGAAUAUUGAUGAUGCAGUUGAUACGUUACCAGCUUUUUUUCAAGAUCUAAACAACAAAAAUAGCUUAUUAAAUGAAGAGAUCAAGAGAUUAACAAAGCAGAAUUCUGAGGUGGUGCCAGAAAGUGUCUCUGGGGACACUCUAAGAGAUAAAGAGGAAGAAUUUCUGAAAAAAGAGCAAGAUUAUAAAAAUGAGAUAGACGUCCUAGAAAAGAAUAUAAAUGCUCUGAAUAAUGAAUCGGCUAUUUUACAGAAGGAUAAAGAUAUCACCAUUUCAGAUUUAAGAGAACAAGUAGCAGCAUUGGAAAGUCAGUUAAAGGAAGAGAGAGAGAAUAGAAAACGAGAUGAUAAGGAAUUUUUUUCCAAAUUAAAAGAAGACUUAGCUGCCAAGAAUCACUCCCUUGAAGGUAAACAAUUGAAAAUAACUGAAUUAGAGGAAAGGUUGACAUCAAAUAAUGCCAUAAUGGAAGAGGGCUCCUCGAAGUUGACAGAAUUGAACACUACUUUGAAGAAAAAGGAGGAGAAGCUAAAUGAUCUGGAAAAUCGCUUGAAAGAUGCUUCAAAUACCAUGGCAUUUAAUCAAAAUGUUGGAAACAAUAAUAGAAGGAAAAAAAACAGAAACAAGGGAAAGAAAAACCGGGGAAGUGCAAGUGUCUAUGAUGCAAAUAAGGAGGAAACCCCUGAUAACGUAAUUAAUUUUGAAGAAUACGAAAAAAUCAAGGAAGAUUUGCAGGCCUUGCAAGAAAAAUACGAGGAUUGUGAAGACUGGAAACAGAAAUAUGAGGAAAUAGAAAGAGAAAUAAAGAACGCUAAAGAACUGGAAAACUCACAGCUCGAAAAAUCAGCAAAAGAACUCGAAAAUUUGAAUGUCAAGUUAACUGAAACGAAGAAGUCCUUGAAAGAAAAGAAUUCAGAAUUGGAAGAAGUGAGAGACAUGCUAAGGGUUGUAGGAAACGAACUCGUAGAUGCCAAAGACCAGAUAAAAGAAUCUACUAAUAAGCAAUUUGAAGAAGUAAAAGCUGUUAAGCUGGAGCUCGACAAUUUGCGUCACAAAAAUGCAUCCAUGAUCGAGGCCUACGAAACUAAAAUUAUUGAGUUGAAAAAUAAAAUAGAUUCACUAAAUAAGGAAGCGGAGCACUUGAAAACCUCAAGCGCCGAAAAAGAAGAAGAGCAUGCUGUAUUACAGAAAAAAGUGGCUAAAUUGAAUGAAGAGAUAUCUCAACUUACAUGUGAGAGGUCAAACCUAACAAAGGAACUCACUUCCUUGAGGAUCUCUUAUAAGCAGAAGGACAAAACUGUGGGUUACUUGGAGGAGCAGGUUAAACAAUUUAGCGAGCAAAAGGAUGCAGCUGAAAAAUCAACAGAACAACUCCAAAAAGAAAACGUUAAAAUGUCUAAUAAGCUGGACUUACUAAAAAAGGAAAACGAAACCCUGCAUAAUGACAUUGCAAAGAAUGGUAAUUCUUACGAAAUGUAUCUGAAAGAAAAUGGUAAACUAUCUGAGAGGUUAAAUAUUUUGCAAGAGAAAUAUAAUACAUUGCAAAAUGUGAAGAGUAACUCGAAUGAACAUAUCGACACUAUCAAACGCCAAUGUGAAGAAUUAAAUGUCAAAUUGAAGGAGUCAACUAAAAAGAUUUUAUCUUUAGAAGAUGAGUUGAGCGAGUACACCAACAUUGUUCAGGACAAAACUAGGGAAGCGAACACCCUAAGGAGAUUGGUCUCGGAUAGUCAGGUGGAUGAUUCGGGAAAACAAAAAGAGCUGGAAAACAAAAUAGCCUAUUUGACUGAUGAGAAGAGUAAAUUGGAGGCAGAAUUAAAUUUACAAACAUCAAGAAAAGCCAGUGAGUUACAAGAAUGGAAGCAUAAUGCAGCCGAGUUAAAAUCGGAAAUACACGCACUGAAGCUUCGCGAAAAAGAAUUAAAAUCAGAGGUGAAGGCAUUGAAUCUUGCUAAUAGUAAUAUCAAGCGCAAAACUCAGGCUACAUCAGAUGAUUCUACUCAGUUAGAGCAGAUUACACUCAAUUUGAAACUCGCAUUAGCUAGGGCUGAUGAAAAAAAUUCCGAGCUGCAAUCAACUAAUGAGAAUCUUAUGAAUUUGAAUAAUGAACUUAAUAAGAAACUUGAUCGACUGCUGAAGAAUUAUCGUUCGCUGUCCUCCCAAUUGAGUACUUUGAAGGAAAGACAACACAGUGAUAAUUCAGGAGGGGUCAGUAGAUGUAGUUCGCUUAGUUCUUCAACUAACGGAAACGGCAAUCCCUUAUCAGCCAAUGACUCUCAUCCGCCCACGUUAGCCGAAAUACAAUCAGCAGGUCCAUUAGAAUUGAACUCCGAGAAAAAUGAAAAAAUUGCAUAUAUAAAAAAUGUUUUGUUGGGAUUCUUGGAGCAUAAGGAACAACGGAAUCAAUUGCUACCUGUCAUUUCCAUGUUAUUGCAGCUGGAUAGUACUGAUGAAAAAAGACUUAUCAUGUCUCUGAAGUAA